AUGGGCAUCCGAAUCAUCCAAGUUUGCGGCCUUUGGUUUUGGGUAGCAGCAAUAUUCUUCAUCUUCGUCGUCCUCAACCAGUAUCCCACGCUCCAACACAUCGUAACUGAUCGCCCCGCAUCCGCGAGCCAUGCCGCUGCCGCCCCCGCAAACGGUGGCCCUCUAACGGCACGCCAACGCCUGGCCCGCGCAGAAAACGCCUGGCGCUCCAGUGUUGGUCUCCGGCACAAAAUGGCCCUCGAACACCCUAAACAUCCGAAAAUCCCCUUCUUCCCAGCGCAACAGCUAUCGGACUUCGGGAAGUACCCAUACACGCUCUGGGACUUUUUCCCAGCUACCUAUACCUGCCCACACGACAUCCAGCGAGUCGGACGUUUGGGAGAUGGCGGGAAAUGGGUAUGCGGCAUGUCGCUGUACGAGGCGAGGAAGAGCCCAGAAACUAUCAUAUACAGCUUUGGGGUGAACGAUGAAUCGACCUUUGAGGCAGAGAUGCUGGCCCGGAUUCCCACCGCGCAGAUCUACGCGUACGACUUUUCGGUCACGAAGUUCGGCCCGCAGCUCCCAGCUUCCUAUCUCUCCCGAGCACACUUCAAGCAAGUCGGUCUCGGGGAGAAGGACCAGCUUGACCGCGAGCCGCAAUUCUUGACCCUCAAAUCCCUGAUGGACGAGAAUAAACAUACCUAUAUGGAUAUUCUGAAGAUCGAUAUUGAAGGAUCGGAGUACGCGGCUUUCGACGCGUUCAUGGAUAGCCUUGAGGUAGCUGGGACUACGACCUUACCGAUAGGACAGGUUAUGAUUGAGCUGCAUUUGAUGGAUGACGAGAAUGUGAAUUUUGAUAGAUUCACGAAGUGGUGGGAACGCCUUGAGAGCUUUGGCAUGCGCCCGACCUGGUUGGAGAUUAACUUGUUGGCUGUGACAUUGGGGCAGGGGAAGACAGACCCGAGGUGUGUGGAGUAUGUUUGGAUAAAUUCGAAGGAUGAGAAGAGCAUUUUGUUGCAGGAGGUUUAA